AUGAGCUCUGAGAAUUUUCCCAGGAGUCAGGACUGUUACAGCAGUGAUCUGAAAGGAGAACAUUGUUCAGCUGUUCAUGAACUUACUGUGAUAACUGAUUUGCUGGGUAGUCUUAUCUCUGACUUUGUGGACACCUUUAGACCAACUGCAAGGAUUAACUCCAUUUGUGGAAGAUGCAGCCUCCUGCCCGUGGUGAAUAACUCUGGGGCAAUUUGCAACUCUUGGAAGCUAGAUCCCUCAACACUUCGUUUUCCUUUAAAAGGUCUUCUGCCUUAUGAUAAGGACCUGUUUGAGCCACAGACUGUUUUACUACGUUAUGUUUUGGAACAGCCAUACUCCAGAGAAAUGGUCUGCAACAUGCUUGGUUUGAAUAAGCAGUACAAGCAGCGCUGUCCUGUAUUGGAAGACCAGCUGGUGGACUUGGUUGUUUAUGCCAUGGAGCGGUCAGAAACUGAGGAGAAGUUCGAUGAUGGGGGCACCAGCCAGCUGCUGUGGCAGCAUCUCUCUAGCCAACUUAUCUUCUUUGUACUGUUCCAGUUUGCCAGUUUCCCUCACAUGGUCUUGUCACUCCAUCAAAAGCUUGCAGGUCGAGGUCUUAUUAAAGGACGAGAUCACCUAAUGUGGGUGCUUCUGCAGUUCAUCUCUGGCAGUAUCCAGAAGAAUGCACUGGGGGACUUUCUUCCCGUCAUGAAGCUUUUUGAUCUACUGUAUCCAGAAAAAGAAUGUAUUCCUGUUCCAGAUAUUACAAAGCAACAGUCAACACAUGCCUUUGCUAUGACCUGCAUUUGGAUCCACCUCAACAGGAAAGCCCAGAAUGAUGACUCCAAACUGCAGAUUCCCAUCCCCCAUUCACUCAAGUUGCAUCAUGAGUUCCUUCAGCAAAGCCUCAUGAAUACAAAUCUCCAGCUGAAUGACUACAAGAUUGCACUGCUGUGUAAUGCGUAUUCCACCAACUCUGAGUGCUUCACGUUACCAAUGGGAGUAUUAGUUGAAACAAUUUAUGGGAAAGAAAAUCUGAGGAUUUCCUUACCUGGAACUAACUGUAUAGCAUCGGGCUCAGUUACUCCACUGCCUAUGAACUUGUUAGACUCUCUAACUGUCCAUGCAAAGAUGAGUCUUAUUCAUAGCAUAGCUACUCGGGUGAUCAAGCUGGCCCAUGCUAAGUUAAGUGAAGCAUUAGCUCCUGCCUUGGUGGAAACUUACAGUCGUUUGUUGGUUUAUAUGGAAAUAGAAUCCUUGGGCAUCAAAGGCUUUAUCAGCCAGCUUUUACCAACUGUGUUCAAAUGCCACGCAUGGGGUAUCCUGCAUACACUACUGGAAAUGUUUAGUUAUCGCAUGCACCAUAUACAGCCGCAUUACAGAGUACAGCUUUUGAGUCAUCUCCAUUCCUUGGCAGCUGUACCACAGACCAACCAGAACCAGCUUCAUCUUUGUGUGGAGAGCACAGCACUAAGGUUGAUCACGGCCUUGGGCAGCUCUGAAGUUCAACCUCAGUUUACCCGCUUUCUUAGUGAUCCCAAAUCAGUACUCUCUGCGGAAUCAGAAGAACUUAAUCGGGCUCUCAUUCUUACCUUAGCUAGAGCAACACAUGUCACAGAUUUUUUCACAGGCUCAGAAUCUAUACAGGGGACCUGGUGUAAGGACAUUUUGCAGACUAUUAUGAAUUUUACCCCACAUAACUGGGCCUCACAUACUCUAAGCUGUUUUCCAGCUCCACUGCAGGCAUUCUUUAAACAGAACAACGUUCCUCAGGAGAGUCGUUUUAAUCUGAAGAAGAAUGUGGAGGAGGAGUACAGGAAAUGGAAGUCCAUGACAAAUGAGAAUGACAUCAUAACUCACUUUUCCAUGCAAGGCUCCCCUCCUCUUUUUCUCUGCCUUCUUUGGAAGAUGCUUCUGGAGACUGAUCACAUAAACCAAAUAGGAUACAGGGUUUUGGAGAGAAUUGGUGCAAGAGCUUUGGUAGCACAUGUCAGGACGUUUGCAGAUUUCUUGGUGUACGAGUUCUCCACUUCUGCUGGAGGACAACAGCUGAACAAGUGCAUAGAGAUCCUCAAUGACAUGGUGUGGAAAUACAACAUUGUCACACUGGAUAGGCUGAUACUUUGCUUGAAAUAUCCUGAAAAGUUGUAUUUUGAAGGUCUUGCAGAGCAGGUUAACCCUCCUGUAGCAAUCCAGCCUCAAUACCUCCCAAUCUACUUUGGCAAUGUGUGCCUUCGUUUCCUACCUGUGUUUGAUAUUGUUAUCCACAGAUUUUUGGAAUUAUUGCCUGUGUCCAAAUCACUGGAAACCCUUCUGGAUCAUCUGGGAGGCCUGUACAAGUUCCAUGACCGUCCAAUAACAUACCUCUACAAUACUCUGCAUUACUAUGAAAUGCACUUGCGAGAUCGACCAGGUCUCAAAAGAAAGCUUGUUCAUGCCAUCAUUGGUUCCUUGAAGGAUAAUCGGCCGCAGGGAUGGUGCCUCAGCGAGAUUUACCUUAAAUGUGCCAUGACUCCCCGAGAAGAUAAUCCCUGGUUUCCCGAUGACAUGUAUUACUGCAAACUAAUUGGACGAUUAGUAGACACUAUGGCUGGAAAGUCACCUGGUCCCUUCCCAAAUUGUGAUUGGAGGUUUAAUGAGUUUCCAAACCCAGCUGCCCAUGCUCUUCAUGUGACCUGUGUAGAACUUAUGGCCUUGUCUGUUCCUGGGACAGAUAUUGGGAAUGCACUUCUCAAUGUUGUGCUCAAAAGCCAGCCUUUAGUUCCUCGAGAAAACAUUACAGCAUGGAUGAAUGCAAUUGGACUUGUGAUUACAGCAUUACCUGAGCCUUACUGGAUUGUACUUCAUGAGCGUAUUGUGAAUGUCAUCAGCAGCCCUGCGUUGACCUCUGAAAUGGAGUGGGUUGGCUACCCGUUCCAGCUUUUUGAUUUCACUGCUUGCCACCAAUCCUAUUCAGAGAUGUACUGUAGUUAUGUACUUGCUCUGGCACACGCAGUUUGGCACCACUCUAGCAUUGGGCAGCUCUCUCUUAUUCCCAAAUUCCUUUCAGAAGUAUUAAAGCCGUUGGUGAAGACAGAAUACCAGUUGUUGUAUGUAUAUCACUUAGUUGGCCCAUUUCUUCAGAGGUUUCAGCAGGAGAGAACAAGAUGCAUGCUGGAGGUAGGAAUAGCAUUUUAUGAAAUGCUACAGAAUGCAGACCAGUACAACAAUCAUUUGCUCUACGUGGAUCCUAUCUGUGAUUUCUUGUAUCACAUGAAGUACAUGUUUAUAGGAGACGGUAUAAAAGAACAGGUUGAAAAAAUAAUUUGCAAUUUGAGGCCUGCUUUGAAAUUGCGACUCCGUUUCAUAACCCACAGCAUUAAAAUGGAAGCCUCAGCAGUUCCUUCACAGCCUGUAUCCAGUGGGUCUCCAGCACCUCAAACCAGCCAGGUUCCUGUUACUGUGACUAUGCCUGUGACACAGUGAAGAGUAACACAAAACUCUGAAUAGGAAGAUCGGCACUCAGCACUUCAGUCACAAGUUAACAGUCUGGAUGUUUUAGUCCAGGGUGAUUGUACAGACUCCAACAUUCGACCAUGGUUUUCCUUUCAAUACAUUUUUGAAGACCGAAACUAAAGCACAAAAGUUGCCUUUUAUUUUGAAUUUUAGACUGCUUUCACUGGUUAUCAGUUUUCUUUGUAUUAAAUCUGAAGAACUAAAAUGGAUAUAUAUAUUUUUUGAAGUUGUGUUUGCCUUUUCAUUUGGCAGGCACAUUCAUUUAGUGUAUAUGUCAUUCUAUAAGUCGCACCAUAUUGGUAUAUGUUUUUAUCUUCUUUGAUAUUGAUUUCUGUUUUUUUAAGAAAGCAGAAAAAAAAAGAUUUAAAUAAUUUCUUCAUUUUUGGCAAGCAUACUGCAAGAAACACACAAUCCAUGUUAUGUAAAAGGUUUUGUAAAGUAUUCUAAAUAUCACUAAAUUCGAUCAUGAAGUUAAGAUUGUAGGUACAUUUUUGUAAAAUUCAGAAUUAUCAGCGUUAAGACGUUUUUUAUUAAAUGUAUAUGAUAUGCUAA